ACUCAUCUCGUCCCAUUGACAUCGUCUCAGAUGACGACCAUUGUGAUGAAGAUGGCUGCACUUGCGCUCGCCCUUCUUGUGGGAAGCGCACUUGCUACCGAGUGCCCCAGUGAGCUCGCUGUCCUCUCUGAUACCUAUACGGUUGUGGACGGAAGCUUCACGUACCAACUCUCGCCGUGCGGCAACGCAGCGAGGACGCCAUGCGGGGGCGACAACGUCGGCGCGUGCCAGUCGUGGUCCGCGGGACGAAAGUUGCUCGGACAGUCGUCGAUGCGCAACGUGACGGCACACAGCGGGCACUACACCAUCCAUCUGGGCGGCGGCGCACCCUCGACGGUGUGCAACGGAGAUAACCGUGUUGUCAUCGACGUGUACUGCAACAAGGCGGCGCCGGUGCCGAAGAUUGUCUUCGGAUCGCUGUCGAGCUGCGUCUACCACUUUAUGGCUGUCGCGAACGUUGAGUGCAUGUAAGCGCUCGAGAGUACAUGUGCAUCACAUCGAAGCCGCCUGGCUUGGUGAUGCAUGGGCAAAGCCAAUUUUCGUGUUCCUCUUGCCUGUGCUGUGCCUGCCGCUGCUUCAUGUAGCGGCGAUCACUGCCAAGCAUAAAGUCCAGCUUUGCCGCA